CAAGUACGAGGCGCGUAAUACUAGCCUUCAAUUAAGCAUAGGCGGUGUUAGUUUAUUGCGUGUAUUUUAUAACGAUAGACUAUUAUAUUACAGAUCUAAUUUUAUGAAUGAUAUGUCCAUAAAAGUCCAAAUAUGUUUAAAACUGUGAUAUUUUUUAUUCUUUAUACUGGCAUAGCGUCAUAUAGCGCUUACGGUAAAGUCAUAAUAACUGAAGAAAAACUUCCCGUUAUAUCGAAUAAUUUGAUCCCAAAAGAGACAAAACCUAUUCCUGCAAUACAAAUAGAAUUGCCAGUUUAUAAGGAAAUUUUACAUAAAAUUAUACCUCCGAAAAAAGAUCAACCGAAAACUAUAAAAAUAGUAGCGACGACAAUUAGCAAUAAUACACUGAAUACAAAUGAAAGUAUAGCUGCUCCAACUGCUACUGAAAGUCCGAAGAAAUGUCAAACAGAUAAUUUAAUCGAUAAUGUCCUAGGUUCAGAUGAAAGUAUACCCUGUGAAGUUCCAGCUAAAGCAGAUAAUGGCACUGCGCUAAUAUUAACACCUUUUAUAGAGAAAGGCCAAAUUGAAGAAGCCCGAAAUGCCAGUAUAGUUAAUUCAGAUAUAUUUUUGGGAUAUCAAAGUUAUUCUGGUUUUCUGACGGUGAAUAAAACGUACAAUUCAAAUAUAUUCUUUUGGUAUUUUCCCGUGGAAGGAAAACCUGUCAAUGAAACUCCUUGGAUAAUCUGGCUUCAAGGAGGACCCGGUGCAUCGAGUAUGACUGGGCUUUUCGAUGAAAUAGGACCAUUUAAAGUAAAUCCAGCUUUAACUUUAAAGAAGAAUCAAUUUACGUGGUUGCAGAAUCAUUCUCUUGUAUUUAUCGACAACCCUGUUGGUACUGGUUACAGCUUCACUGAGCACGUUGAUGGAUAUGUACAGGAUAUGUCUACUUACGGUAUCCAUUUACACGAAGCCGUACAGCAAUUAGUGCAGCUGUAUCCAGAGUUAAGAUCGGCGCCACUGUUUAUCGCAGGAGAAUCUUAUGGUGGAAAAUAUGUUCCAGCACUUGCGAUGGAACUCCAUAAACAUAAAGAUUUGCCUGGAUUAGAUGUCAAAUUAGAGGGUUUGAUUAUAGGAAACGCUUACGUGGACCCGAAAAUGAUAUCACAUGUAACCCUUCCUUUCUACUACUUCGGACUCCUCAAUAAAGAACAACUCAAGAUAGUGGAUCCUUUACUAAAAUCAUUCCAAUCAGACAUAGCAUCAAAUAACAGCAUAGCGGCAAAGAACAAAUGGAACAGCCUCAUCGCAGUCUUACUCUUCCUAUCGCAUCAGAAACAAGCAUACAAUUUCUUAAAAGACGAUCUACCUGUGGGUCGUUACAUCAACUUCCUCAAAACAUCGGAAGUUAAGAAGGCGUUACACGUGGGCGACAUAAAGUUUUCGUUCGUUAACAUGACGGUCAACUCGCGAAUGUCGCCCGACUUCUUGAGCAGUUCCAAGCAUCUGUUCGAAGAGCUACUUGUAGACUAUCGAGUUCUGGCUUAUUGUGGGCAGUUGGACCAAAUGCUGCCGUGCGUGUUCACGUCCGAGCACUACCGCACCUGGCAGUGGAACGGCAGUGCGGAGUUCCUGGAGGCGACGCGAUAUCCCUACAUCUACAACGCCAAGCGGGCUGGGUAUCACAAAAGCGGCGGUCACCUGACGGAGGUAGUGAUUCGCGGCGCCGGUCACAUGGUGCCGGUGGACGAGCCGGCACCCACUCAGAAUCUGGUCGCGCGCUGGACACACAACAAACCCCUCAGUCAACGGUUCGGGCUUCUAGAAGGUUCCUAUGUCCAGGAGUUCGUUAAAAACAGCUCCAUGAUAUACUUGUGAUUAAAGAUCUAAUGUUUUUAAAUAUAAAUUGUAAUCACUUAUACUAUAUGUGUAUAAAUAAUAAAUAAU